AGGGGCGCCCUCCUCGGUGUUUCGUGUGCUAGCUUGCUAAGUGGCUAGCUACCGUGCUAAGCGGUAAGAGAUCCCCCGGCUGCCGCUGGCGAGCAGUCGCUUGUUCGGGAUUAAGGAGUUGCCCGGCGGCGGUCACAGAAACGAACGUAGCCCGGAAUCUGAAAAAUUACAAGCGACACUUUCAGAUAUCCAGUACAUCAAAUCCAUCUGUGGCCCGUCUCUCUCAUCGCUGUGCUCUCUCAACUUUGGGUUUCCUCGUCUUUUGUGGCCCUGCAACAUGGAGUCUAACCACGGUGUCACCAAAGGCUGACCAGAAGGAAUGAGGCACUCCAGGACAUGUUUCCAAAUCGCCUUGUGGAUGCAGUAGCUGGAGUUUGGAGUGCUUUUUUAUGACUAGCAUUGUAUGUGCAUCUGUGGGCACAGCAUAGCAUAACCUGCCUAUUCCGCAGGCAGGGAAAUGCUACUCUGAGACUGGUGCUGGAGACAAGCAAAAGGAAGGAGCCCCUCCAGAAAACGAGGAACACAAAGACAAAAGGGAACCCUCAGCAAAAGAGGCGUCUUCAUCGACACACUUCAGCUGUAGUUGGGCUUGUUUUCUCAAUGGUCUUGUGAACCAUUGCACAUUUUAGCAGCAAACACCUUUCCUCUGUCCUGAUUUAUCUUCCUCCCUCUCUCUGAAGCCUUCUCAGUCACUGUUAUUGGGAUUUCUCUGGUUUGCAUGGCUGGAGAAUAACCGUGGAGAGGCCAGGGUAUCACAAGCUUAUGGAUAUUGACAAGAGAGGGGGCAAGGGAGAGACAGAGGAAGGGAAAAAGAUGUCUAAGACAGCAGGCAGCAGGACUGGACAUGGGGGCCGGAGUUCUGGGACCAAUUCUGGAGUUCUUAUGGUUGGUCCAAACUUCCGUGUGGGCAAAAAAAUUGGCUGUGGGAACUUUGGCGAGCUGCGGCUGGGAAAAAAUCUCUAUACUAAUGAAUAUGUGGCCAUCAAAUUGGAACCUAUAAAGUCGAGGGCGCCACAGCUCCAUUUGGAGUAUAGAUUUUACAAACAGUUGGGAAACUCAGAGGGAAUCCCUCAGGUGUAUUACUUUGGUCCUUGUGGGAAAUACAACGCCAUGGUGCUGGAGCUGCUCGGACCCAGUCUAGAGGACCUGUUCGACCUCUGCGACCGCACCUUCUCCCUCAAGACCGUCCUCAUGAUAGCCAUACAGCUGAUAACACGGAUGGAGUUUGUCCACACCAAGAGUCUGAUAUACAGAGAUGUGAAGCCAGAGAACUUCCUGGUUGGGCGGCCGGGAAGCAAAAGGCAGCACACCAUUCACAUCAUCGACUUUGGUCUGGCCAAAGAGUACAUAGACCCUGAGACCAAAAAACACAUCCCCUACCGGGAGCACAAGAGUCUGACCGGGACGGCACGCUACAUGAGCAUCAACACACACCUGGGGAAAGAGCAAAGCAGAAGGGAUGAUUUGGAGGCGCUGGGUCACAUGUUUAUGUACUUCCUCCGAGGUAGCCUCCCGUGGCAGGGCCUCAAGGCGGACACUUUGAAGGAGCGGUAUCAGAAAAUCGGAGACACCAAACGAGCGACGCCAAUUGAAGUGCUUUGUGAAAGCUUCCCCGAAGAGAUGGCCACCUACCUGCGCUACGUGAGGAGGCUGGACUUCUUCGAGAAGCCUGAUUACGACUACUUGAGAAAGCUCUUCACCGAUCUGUUCGACAGGAACAACUACGUCUUUGACUACGAGUACGACUGGGUCGGCAAAUCACUUCCCACACCGAUAGGCCCCAUCCCCAGUGACACGCCCCUGCAGCCCAGCAGAGACAAAGCACAACAGCAGACCAAAAACCAGGUGAUGAGCUCAACGAAUGGCGAGCUGAACACUGACGACGCCACAGCUGUACACUCCAACGCUCCCAUCACCGCUCCCACCGAGGUCGAGGUGGCUGACGAAACCAAGUGCUGUUGUUUCUUCAAAAGGAGAAAGAGGAAAGCCCUCCAGAGGCACAAGUGAAGAAGAGCACGGAGAGAACUUGAAACAUUGUGGUCACUGUCAAGUUUUAAAUGGAAGCAACUACACAGACCCUACCCCCUCGCCUCUUCUUUCUUUCCAGCUUCCCCCCUCCUCACCUCUUUUCCCCUCUCACCUCUCCCCCCCUGUCACUUUGUACCCCCCUCCCUACCCCACCACGCUCUCUCUUUCUCGUUCUCAGUGCUCCCCGGCUACCGGCGAGUUAAAGGAAUGUUGCGGACUCCACAACAGACUCUGAUUCCUUUUUAUCGACGCAAAAUAAACGUACAUGCAUUACAACCGGGGAGGGGGGGGCUUGAGAGAAAACGUUAAAAAAAGCUGUAACAAUGAAACUCGAAUACCGUGGCGUGAAUAUGAAAAAAGAUACUGUUUGAAACAGUUGUUGUAUUCUAGAUUCCAUAACGAACGUGUAUUGUUCCAGCAGUCGGCUGUUGAUCAGGGGGAAUCAUUCAAGUGGUUCAAGUGAAAGAAACCUGCUCCUUAGGAAAAUGUUUUUUCUUUAUUUUUCUUUUUUCUUCCUUUGGUGUGUGUUUUUGGGAUCAAGGUAAAGAGGAAACGAUGAACUAUGCUGAUGUUAAUCUGAGCGACACAGGAAGCAUUUCAUCUACUGUAUGAAACCAUAUUUGGAGGAUUUUUUAUGUAUUUUUUUCCUUUUGAUUUUUUUUUCUUAUUUUGUAAUUGAAUCCUCAGUUUUCGAAGUCAAAUUCCUGCAUUGAAAACUUAAUUUUAUGUUGUAGUGUUCUGGAGUUCAGUUCUUUUUCCUCACUCUGGCUUUCUUUUUGUCUGUCGACAUGGACUUUGUAGCACAGUCACUGGCCUCAGGUACUGUGGAAGAUCGAGAGAAACAGAUAUUAAGCUCUCUUAUUAUUGUUAUUAUUAUUAUUGCACUUUUGGAAAAAAAAAGAUUAAGACAAAUUACAGUGGAAAACUCUAGGUUUGAAAUUAACAAUUAAGAAAACAAACUUAAUAAAGACUGAUCUAGGAAGAGUCCUUCACAACGCUUAUAUCGGAGUUAUGGUCGGGAAAAAAUGUUGUUGAUUUACAUGAAAAGAGAAAGAUAUGUCUUUCGAUUUUUAUUUCUUACAUCAAAAAUAAUUUACCAGGAAAUCAUAGUUUGUGCCUUUCUAAGUAAAAUGUUUAAAGCUCAA